GGCGACUUCCGCCCCGAGUCCGGAAGCGGUGUGGACAGCGCGGUGAGGGGCGUGCCUUCGGUUCCAAAAAGCCCGGGCGUCUCACCCGGGUUGAAUUUUGGUCUUCAAACUCGGCUCUGACAGAUCCUGAGACCCCUGGCCAUCCCCACAGCGCACCCCCAGCUGCCAAUCACUGCAGACCGCGGUCUUAGGACAAGACUGGGUUUGCUGCCGCUCUGUCGCCGCCGGGUCAGGUCAGGAUCCAGGCGACCCCACCUCCCAGCUCUGCCGCCCCAGCCAUGGCACAGAAACCCAAGAUCGACCCCCACGUCGGGCGGCUAGGCUACCUGCAGGCGCUGGUCACGGAGUUCCAGGAGACCGAGAGCCAAGACGCCAAGGAGCAAGUCCUCGCCAACCUUGCCAACUUCGCUUAUGACCCGGGCAACUACCAGUACCUACGGCAACUACAAGUCCUGGACUUAUUCCUUGAUUCUCUGUCAGAAGAGAAUGAAACCCUAAUCAAGUUUGCUAUUGGGGGGCUCUGCAACCUGUGUCCGGACAAGGCCAACAAGGAACAUAUCCUGCAGGCAGGAGGCAUCCCGCUCAUCAUCAGCUGCCUGUCCAGUCCUAAUGAGGAGACGGUGUUAUCCGCUGUCACCACCCUCAUGUACCUGAACUCACCAGGCACCCGCUACCAUCCUGAACUGACCUCCCUGCCUGUGGUCCAGUGCAUGCUGCGCUUUUCUCUCUCAGCCAACACAAGGCUCCGGAAUCUGGCCCAGAUAUUCCUAGAGGACUUCUGCUCCCCAAGCCAGGUGGCUGAGGCCCGCAGCCAGCAGGCCCAUUCUGCCCUGGGUAUUCCACUGCCAAAGACUGAGGCCCGACAGCAGCCCUGAUCCAAGGACACUUCAAGAUCCUGCCACUUUCUGUCCGAGACUAGUCCUGGCACAGGUACAGGAAGCUAAUAGUACCUUGAGCCCAUCCUGCCCAAGUUGUGCUUGUUCAGCUGCGUGCAAGCGCAGUCUGGCAUGACAGGCACUUUCAUAAGACAGCCAGACUUGAGAGGCUUAGAGGAGAAACCCAAAGCUGGCAUGGCUUUCAUGGACUGGCACUCAAUAAACUAUAGACAGAUGACCA